CUUAAAUUAAUAAAUAAUAGGGCGCAAAUAAAUUCUAUUUUGAGCAGUCACGCGAUCCUACGAGCCAGGAUUGCAAAUGCCCAGUCCGACGUACGGCGGAUCUGGAAAUUCGACCGCAGUAGCAGAUUUUGGGAGCACGAUGUCCGUGCAAUGGACGACGCAAGAUUCAGAGAAAACUUUCGUCUCGAUAGGAGGGCUUUUCAAAAAGUGUGCGAAAAAGUACGAAACAUAGAGAAAAUUGAUAGCAACCUGAGGCGUUGUAUUCCACUCAAAAAGAGGGUGGCUAUCGCACUUUUCUCAUUGGGUUCUGUAGCAGAGUAUAAAACCGUUUCUAGUUUAUUUGGUGUUGGCCGAAGUACUGUUGGUGAAAUUGUUCUUGAUUUUUGCCACUCAGCCUGCUGUAUUUUACACAAUUUUUUAAAACUUGAGAACGAUGAAGUUUCUUCCGUCUGGAUGCAGGAUGCAGCAGAAUACGGAUCAGCAAGGAAUCAACCUAAUCACACAACAAGAGUUGGUGAAAAUGACCUAACAGCAGCGGCUAUAAGGAAUGCCAUUGCUAUGAGUUUUCAGGAUGUGGAAGCUGCAGUCGAAGAUAUGUUCGAAGUGUCAAGUGGCGAAGAACUGGCCACGACGAAAGCGGUGACGAAGUUUGAGGCGAUGGUGACGGUAAAGUUCCAGAGCCCAUCUGGCGAUCCUACUUCUCGUUUGUUUAGUGUUAGCGUCAAAGAAUUACAAUCAGUCACAAUACGAAACUUUAAUCCCUGCAAAUAUAUCCUAAUCCUCUUUAAAGCAUAA